GCCGCCUCCAUGGUCAACAUGCAAUCGUUUGUUUACAAUUCAUGCUAAUCUUUCGUAACGCCGUGUUUACGCACAUAAAUCGGCUCUGCAUUUGCUUCGUUGGACCGUGUACGUAAAUACAUGGACACGUUUUGACGCGCGAACGCUCUUUCGUUUACGAAAGUCUUGUAUGCAACGCACGAUGAUAGGCAGUACCACAUAAAACGCCCCCCGCCCUGUGUCGGGGUCUCGGCCCUGAAGGUUUAGCAGGUUCGGGCGCUUGAGCCUGCUCGUCAGUACUGCUGAUUUCCAGCCGCUGAUACAGGGGCGCUCAGUGCUUGAGAAGAUGGCGUCCUUGUUUGAUCAGUACGAAGAAGUGACCUCGCAGUCGGCCGGUUAUCUAGGCUCUGCCAGCCGGACUGCGUUUCCUGAGCUGACGACGGGUUACAUCAAUGCCUCGCUCGAAAUGGAAGCGCCGAUCUUCAAGAAGACCAGGAUAACAUUCACGCCCCCGCAUCCAAUCACGCACCUGGUCGUCAGCAACCAGAUCCUGGUGCUUGCUAUGGCCAACAAGUGCCUGCUUCGCAUCCCCAUCACAAAUCCAAACUCUCCACACGAGGUCGACCUGAUCCGGUCGCUCGGUGACAAGGGCAACGCGGCCAAGAUCUACCAGCUCUUCCUGGACCCCCUGGGUCGACAUCUGUUGGUCAGCGUGGUUCACUCGGACGGCGAGACCUUCUUCGACAACUGCUACCUCCACCAGAAUGCGCCAAAGGCCCAAUCACUCGCCAAGCUCAAGGGACAUGUUAUCAGUGCUGUCGGCUGGAACUACGAAAACCCUCCUGAAAGCAAUUCAACGAGCUUUAUUCUUGUUGGCACAACCAAAGGCAUAAUUUUCGAGACUGAGCUGGCUGCCACGGACGACCGCUUCUUCUUGCAGGGCUCGCCAGAGCGAUACUGCAAGCUGGUGUUCCAGCUGAGUCAAGACUUGAGCAUAGGGCCAAUAAUGGGGCUCGAGGUGCGGCGCUUUGUCCCGCGCAGUAUGGACCAGCGGUGCUUCAUCAUCGCCACGACUCCGAGACGGAUCUACCAGUUCGUUGGCACCAGCGCUCCCUCCGGCGAACAACCGGUGCUCCUGAGGGUGUUCAAUGUCACCGACAACGUCCUCGACCGAUGCAAGGAAAUCCCGAGCGAUCUGAAGUACAGUUGCCUGCAGCUGUUCAGCUCAUGCCCGGCAGAACCGGCCAAAAAGUUUGCCAUGAUGCUGGAGCCUGGCGUGUACUUUGGUGACAUCCUGCUGCCAGCCAUCGACUCCGACUCCAAGGUCGUCCUCUUCAAUGCCAAGCUCUUGGAAUACGGGGACGAAGACGCUCAGCGGAAGAUGUUGAGGAAGCCCCUCUCCAUGGCGCUGACAGAGUUCCACACGCUGGUCUUGUUCAAUGACAGACUGAGAGCCUACUGUUUGCUGAAUGAGGAACUGGUAUUUGAAGACGUCUUUCCUGAGAUGUACGGCCGUGCGGUUGGCUUGGCCAGGGAUCCAGUUCAAGGCAGGGUUUGGGCCUUCUCCGAACUGGCCGUUUAUCGUUACACGAUCACUAAUGAAGACAGGAAUGUCUGGGAAGUGUACCUGAAGAAUUGCCAGUACGACCUUGCCAAGAAACACUGCAAGGGAGACCCCCAAAAGCUGGACCAGGUUCUCACGAAACACGCCGAAGAUCUCUUCAAAAAGAAGGAGUACGUGAAGAGCGCAGAGCUGUACGCGCAGACACGCGCCUCGUUCGAAGAGGUGUCGCUCAAGUUCCUGCAGUGCGCGGAGGAAGACAACGAGGACUCGCUGCGCCGCUUCCUGCUGCAGAAGCUCAAGGGGCUGCGGCCCUCCGACAAGACGCAGACGACGGUGAUCACCUUCUGGCUCGUCGAGCUGUUCCUCAACCGGCUCGGCACACUGCGCACGGCAGGCCGGCAGAACGAGGGCACCUACCUCAACCUUGCCGCGGAGUUCCGCGGACUCCUGGAAGAACCCAAAGUGGCGGAAUGCGUGAGCAACAAUCGCAGUGCUGUCUACAAGCUCAUUGCCAAGCACGGUGAAGAGAACAUCCUCAUCGACUUUGCCAACAUCAUGAAAGACUUUGAGCGCGUGAUCCAGUACCACAUUCAGAACAAGAACUACAUGGCCGCCCUCGAAGUUCUCACGAGACAGAACAAUCCAGAACUGGUGUACCAGUUCUCGCCGACACUGAUGCAGAGCAUCCCGCAGAAAACAGUGGACAUGUGGAUCGCGCAGGAGAAGCGGCUCGAUCCAGCUCGACUCAUCCCCGCCUUGGUCCAGUACGACAACAUCAAGGACCGAUCACAGGGUUGCGAGGCGAUCCGCUACCUCGAGUUCUGUGUCUACAAGCUGGGCAGCCGGGACGAGGCCAUCCACAACUACCUGCUUGCCCUGUACGCUCGGCUGGAUGAGAACAACCUCAUGUGUUACCUCCACCGCGAGGGCCAAGACAAGACCACCGUGCCCUACGACCUGAAGUACGCCCUGCGCGUCUGCUCCGAGCUGCGCCUGACAAGGGCCUGCGUCCACAUCUACUCCACCAUGGAGCUCUACGAGGAAGCCGUGGACCUUGCGCUCGAGGUGGACAUUGACCUUGCAAAGCUGAACGCUGACAAGCCAGAGAAUAACGAGGAGCUGCGCAAGAAACUCUGGCUCAAGAUUGCCCAGCACGUGGUGACGGAGCAGAAGGACAUCAAGCGCGCCAUGGAGUUCCUGCAGGAGUGCGACCUCAUCAAAAUCGAGGACAUCCUGCCCUUCUUCGACGAGUUUGUGCGCAUCGACCACUUCAAGGAGGCCAUCUGCGCCUCGCUCGAGGAGUACAACGACCACAUCGAGGGACUCAAGGCCGAGAUGGAGGAGGCCACCCGCAGCGCCAAGGAGAUCCGCGCCGAGAUACAGGUGUUUCGCAACAGGUACGCCGUGGCGCAGUCAGACGCAAAGUGUGCCCUGUGUGAGUACGCCGUGAUGAACCAGGCGUUCUACUUGUUCCCGUGCGGGCACAUGUUUCAUGGCGACUGCCUUUCAUCGGAGGUUCAGCAACACUCGCUCCCAACGAAGGCAAGCCGCAUCGAGGACAUCCACAGGCAGCUGGCGAUGCUCGGCAGCCGCGACGACAGCGCCUCCUUGUCCUCCGCGGCAGGCUUGCCAUCGCUGACGACGCGGGAGAAGCUCAUGAAUGAACUGGACGACCUCAUCGCAUCCGAGUGUUUGUUCUGCGGAGAAGUAGCAAUAAGGUCUGUGGACGAGCCGUUCAUCGAUCCUGAGGAGUACGAACAAGUGAUGAAUGACUGGCGGUGACGGCCGGAUAUUCCGGGUGCACAAGAACAGAACUAAGAGAAGACGUGUAGUUUAUCAUGUUGUAUAUACAUUAAGGCAAAACAUAAACAGUGUGCUGGUUCGUAAGCUGAUUAUAUAUAUAAUAAAGCGUCUA